AUGACUGAGCGAAUUGAAGUCCUCCCUCAAACCCUGAGUCCUUCCAGAACACCUGUUUUGGACAGACGCAUUAAACGGGCCUCGGCGCAAGGAAAAGGCCACUCUGGCAGCGCUGACAGUAGAACGUCUCGCAAAGCUGUGGUCCAUCGUCAGAGAGAGGAGAUGAAGAAGCGCAAAGUAGGCACACGGAGGGCUGACCAGAGUAGAAUCUCAGCCCUCCAAUGUUGCUCGCCAUCUCGAAAGAGUUUAGGCAAAGCAGCAGCCAGACCACGGCCUGCUCUGCUGCAUGGCUCUGCUAGACGCAAAGCCCCAGGCGUUGAAAGUCAUCAGCCCCUAAGUGUGCAUCAGUCCAGGGAGAGGCCCACUAGUCCCACCAGGGCUGCUCUGUUAAAAAUGGAAAGUCAGCGUCAGGGGACUGAUAAACAGUCCUCCCGGCCCGGCUCUGCUUGUAGCCGUAAGCGGAACCCUCUGUUGGAGGCGGUGCUCAAUGAAGACUGGCCUUCCCCUGCAUGCUCUUAUUCACCCCCUCUGCCUCAAAAACAGGCAGAGAAGGAGAGAACGUACCGUAGCCCAGAGAAGAGGUCAUCCCUGCCGAGGCCAGCUAAAUCCUUGACACGCCACAUCCCUGCAGCAGAACAAGAAGACGGCACUCCUUCCAGGCCGACCUCAAUCCACCAAGGUGGCAGACGAUCUGGGAGAGCGUCUAGUAUGAAAGGCGCGGACACUGGUCGUUCCUGGUCCGCUCGUAGUGGCACCUCCACCCCGGGCUCUGCUGUCACACCAGGCACACCUCCGAGCUACUGUCGCACACCUGGCUCACGCACCCCUGGCAGCCACACCCCCAAGUCCUUCAGUGUUCUCCAGGAGAAAAAGGUGGCCGUGAUCCGAACUCCGCCCAAGUCGCCGUCCUCGGCUCACCGUCAGCUGAAGGUUCUAAAUCAACCCCUCCCUGACAUCAAGAAUGUUAAGUCUAAGAUCGGAUCCACCACCAACAUCAAGCAUCAACCGAAAGGCGGGCAGGUCCAAAUUUUAAGCGAGAAGCUGGACUUCAGUCAUGUUCAGUCUAAGUGCGGCUCCAAGGACAAUCUGAAACACUCACCUAAAGGAGGCAAUGUCAUGAUUCCAAGUGUCAAACUGGAUUACAGCCAUGUCCAGGCUAAAUGUGGAUCCCUGAAUAAACUGCAUCACACAGCCGGUGGAGGAAAUGUCCAGAUCCAGACCAAGAAGAUCGACCUGACCCACGUCACCUCCAAAUGUGGCUCCAUGUCCAACAUCCACCACAGACCCGGUGGAGGAAAUGUGCGAAUCGACAAUGUGAAGCUGGACUUCAAGGAGAAGGCUCAGGCCAAGGUGGGCUCCAUGGACAAUGCCAGCCACACACCAGGAGGGGGAAACAUUAUGAUUGAAAGCCACAAGCUGACCUUCCGUGAGACGGCCAAGGCUCGUGUUGACCACGGGGCAGAGAUCAUUAUCACACACUCCCCAGGCAUGGAGACAGGAGGCACGUCGCCCCACCUGUCCUCUGCUGGCAGCAUGAACAUCCUGGAGUCUCCCCAGCUCUCCACACUGGCCCAAGAUGUCACCGCUGCACUAGCCAAGCAGGGCUUAUGAACUGGCCACCGUACCUUUCCCAGUCUUCUCUUCUUCCUCUCACUCCAUGUCCCCACCUCUGUAGUUGAUUGACUGUCUUGUCCAUCAGCGACCUCCAUGACCCCAAAAGGAGAUUUGAAUACUAAGAAAGAAUAUUCUUUCAACCCCACUGUUCCCUCUGUCUGCUACCAUUAUGGACUUAUCUCUUCCUUCCAGAUGGAGACACGAGGAUUGACUGUGUUUGGUAAAGGUUUUAAGAUUGUACAGUGGUUUCCUUUUUUAAGUAUUGAAGCCGUUCGGAUCCACUCAAUUCGGAUCUCAAGGAUUGAUGAGAGGAAAAUGUCAGCGUGUCUGCUGAAAAUGUGAGAUUUUAAUGGUUCGUUUUUAUUCUAAGUGGUAGGUGAGGUUUUGUAUGUUUCCUGUGGCUGCUCUGGCUCAUUAGCACUGCUUCAAAUUUUGAAAAACAGGACAGGAUUAGGCUUGUCUUGGCAUUGAGAGUGGUGUGUGAGGAGUUUCUCAGCUGUUGCAUCAUCAAUCGUGUACCUGACUCAUUGGGUGUUUCAGCCUUUGAGCGCUGGACAUCCUCAUCGGAGGUGGCCGCCUCCAGUGUGCCGUACCCAGCCAUCACACUCUCCUGGUUCUAUGAAGCAUCUGGCGUCCUCCUUCCUGACUCUCACUCACCGCGUACCAGAACUAACAAUGGACACUUCAAACCCAGUUCCUCAGACUGGCUAAAAUCAAAUCUACAAUUUCUGUCCGUAAAAUACUGAAAACAUUGCUACGAGUUUCCAUCCAUAACCAGGUGAAUAAAAACCAGUAAGGAAAGCUAGUCUGAAUCACCGUUGACUGUUUAACUUGGUUCAGUGCAGUUAAGCUUGUAAACUUUGUUUUCCAAUUGCUUUUAUUUCUUGUAACUUGUGGUUUUAGUAGACUAAUGUAUGCAGAGAAAACAAAAGAGAUUUGCAGAAGAAAAAAAAAAAAGUUUUGCGUGAGAGUUGCACUUAUUUUGUUUUGAACUUGAGACAUUCCACACAAGCAGCCAGCCAUUGUUCAUCUGUUAGGAGGCAGAAAAUGUGGAGAAAGGUGCGAUUCUUGGUUUAAGAUGAUUAACACUUCUCUUGCAGAUUCUCUAAUCACGUUGUCAUCGCUGGAUGUCGGCUUUUCAUCCGCCUGUCUUUUCUCUACUCUUCAAUCCCCGCGUUUGCCUGUGUAUGUGCAUAUUUAAGAAAACAUGUAGAUGUGUGCCCGCGUCCCCUUGUUUGACAUGUUCUGACCGUGACGACAAAAGUAAAGAAUAUUACA